AUGAGUGCUUCAUAUUCUCAUGGUGAACCUUCAAGAAACUACGAUUCUAUAUCAAAUACGUGGGAUGAACACGCUCCACCAAAUUUAGAAGAUAAAGGUAGUAUACUUUCAGUUUAUUGGAAAAAUGGCAUGUUAGGGGCUGCAUCAUAUGAUAACAAUACAGCAGAAAUACAAAUUUUACAUGACAUUAUGGAAAGUAGUUUAGAUUUUAAAAUUUUAAACGCACUCCUCUUGCACAUCGAGCCAUGCUGCGUCGUUGUUUGUAAUGUACAAGAAGAAGUAUUUUUGAAGGCGGUUAAACAAUUACUACACAAUGGUAAAAUGAAUUUGUAUUCCAAUGACAUUACUAGUGAAGAUUCUUUAUUGAAUAACAAAUUGCAUGUUUUAUCUGAUAAGUAUUUUAAAUUAAAAAACUGUGAGCAGUUAGUUUUGGGAAUGUCACUAGCAUCUCUACCUAAAUCCAUUGUAGCGGGAAAUCGAUACAUACGUGGUUUAGUCGAUUUUACUAAAGAACUAACCGUAAGUGCUCUAGGCGCAUUAUUGUACUUCAUUGACGUUCCGUCGGUAAAAAUGACCAUGCAGAUAACCAAUAAUGUCAUAACGUCAUUGAGAAUACUUCAUUUAAACGAUUUGGUGUGGAUGAGUACGGGUACUUACGAGUCACUGCAAAUAUUCACGGCUUCCGAACACCCUUCGACGCAUAAAUGGACACCCAUGGUGGCAUCGAACAAAGAAGACCGGAGUGUAUUGAGCGUUCUAAACAGAUGCUGUAACCAAGCUUUAAGCUAUAAGCGAUUAAAAAUGAUUUUAGCCCAUCCUACCAACAAUCUCGACACACUUUUCAACAGACAUGAAGUGAUUGAAUUUUGUUUGACGCCUCAAAACGAAAGCAUUAUCAUGUCAAUCACUACUAACAUAAAACGUUGUUACUCUAUAUCGAGUAAAUGUAAUCAUUGUGUUUUUUCGUUUUGCGUUUCGCAAGGCUUUAUUCAUUGCAAUCAAGGUAUAUCCACAGUUGUAAGCGCUGUAAAAAUUGGAGAAAUUUGCGCAAAAUACUCAAACCACGUUAAUUUGUUUAAAAAUCUAGAAGAAGCUUUAACAGAUAAACUAUACAUAAUGGCUAAUUCAAUGUCAAAUUUAAUUAAUUUUCAACAGUCCACUAAACAAGGAAGACUCGUGAUUAACCUUGGAUGGAUAGACGAUCUUGAUGCAAAAAAGUCGCACAUGCAGAACAUUUUGUUAGUUUUGGAUGAAGUUAAUUUACAAGAGCUAGAAGAUUUACCUCCAUAUAUUGAACAAUGUUCUAUGAUUAAAAUACCAGAAAUUGGAUUCCUUUUAGCAAUACCAUUUUGGAAACCAAUCAAUGAAAUGACGGAAGAAGAUUUUACUCAGAUUCCUGGCAUAGAUUAUCAGUUUUUGGAUGCACAGCACAUAGCAUAUUAUAAAACUCCACGUUGCUUAGGUAUGUAUCAGUUAAUCACUUCUACGGGAGAAUUAGACGAAGCGUUUAAUACAAUUGAAUCGAGUAUUAUUCAAGAUGAGGUUGAUAUCAUGAUAAAACUAGUUGAAUUUAUAAUGCAAAGUUGGAUGAGUGAUCUGAUGGAUAUAUUAAUAUUAAUUUCCGAAUUAGAUUGUUUAAUAGGAUUUGCAGCAGCUGCUCGUGCUUUAAAAUUAACAAAACCUAAUAUACUUCCCAAGGACCGAUGUUGUAUUGACAUACUCAAUGGAAGGCAUAUUUUACAACAAACGUUUGUAGAUCAUAUUGUGCCGAAUAGCUACAAUUCGUCUGAAACAAACUGCUUCAUACAAAUUAUUAACGGGUUUAACGCUAGCGGUAAAAGCGUUUAUUUAAAACAGGUCGCACUAAUAGCAUAUUUAAGUCACAUUGGCAGUUAUGUACCAGCUAAAAUGGUUAAAAUAAGUGCAUUAGAUCAUAUUCAUACUAGAAUUCAAUCAAAUGAAUCUAUAAGUACUUUGAUGUCCGCUUUUAUGAUUGAUCUUAGACAGAUGUCAGUAGCACUCAAUGAAUCAACGUGCAGAUCACUUAUUGUAUUAGAUGAAUUUGGUAAAGGAACAUCUGACACAAAUGGGCAAGCAUUAUUAUUAGCGAGUAUUGUUUAUUUUGCACGGAGACAAUCUGAUAUGUUACCUCACGUUAUAAUUUCUACACAUUUUCAUUCCCUACCAUCUUUGCUGCAACUAUUACUGCGGGAAACUAAUUUUCAUAAUAGAAUUAAAUACUUCACCAUGAGCCAUAAAAUAGAAAACAACCAAAUUGAAUAUUUAUACAAGGUAGUAGAAAGAAGAGAUGGUGAAUAUGAAAACACAAGUAUGGCCCAUUAUGUAGCUGCUUCAAAUGGAUUACCUAUUAGUAUUGUUCAACGUGCCACUCAAGUACUCGAAAAUAUUAAUAGUAACAUCUGUAUAACACAUAUGAAAGAAAAUCUAAGAUGCAAAUUAUUUUUCAGAAGGAAAGAAUUUGUUGAACAGUUACUGUCGACCGAUGGUAACAUAAAUGAUACCUAUGAUAAAUUAUUAAAAGAUUUAGAAGAUAUAAGAUACCCAUAA